AUGGCUCAAAGUAGGCAAAAGAGUUAUGCACAUCGAAAGGUUUGUGAUUUGGAGUUCAUGGUUGGAGAGCGGGAUCUAUUGAAUGUUUUGCCUAUGAAGGGUGUGAUGAGAUUUGGAAAGAAGGGCAAGUUGAGCCCAAGGUAUAUUGGUCUUUUUGAGAUUGUUGAGCGUAUUGGUGAGGUGGCAUAUGAGUUGUCUUUGCCACCUGUGUUACUUGAUCAGAAUCUGAAUUUUGAGGAGGAGCCGGUAACCAUUUUGGAUAGGCAAAUUCGAAAGUGGAGGUCGAAAGAGAUUGCUUCACUAAAGGUUCAAUGGAAGCAUCGUCCAGUGGAGGAGGCUACAUGGGAGACCGAGUCAGACAUGAGGAGUAGAUAUCCUCAGCUUUUUGAGCGUUCAGCUGUGUUCUAUUCUUUUACAGUUCGAGGAUGA